AUGAGAGACACUUACCCCCGCAAAAAGAUCAUAGUCGCCAUCACCGGCGCAACUGGCGCUCAGAUCGGCAUUCACAUCCUUCAGACCCUCCGUCGCCUCAACGUGGAAACACAUCUCAUCAUCAGCAAGUGGGCCGCCGAGACAAUAAAGUACGAGACAGACUACAACCCGUCCGCGGUGAAAGCUCUCGCGGACCACGCCUACAGCGCUCAUGACCUCGCCGCGCCGAUAGCAAGCGGGUCCUACCGGGUAGACGGCAUGAUUGUCGCCCCAUGCUCCGUCAAGACGCUGGCCGCAAUCAAUGCAGGCAUCUGCGACGACCUGAUCACACGGGCGGCCGACGUGUGUCUCAAGGAGCGGAAGCGGCUGGUGCUUUCGGUGCGAGAGACGCCGUUUAACGAAGGUAGCGAUAGCGUAACCACGGCGAGCGAUGACCAUUCAAAUGGUAACAACGACGACAACGGCGACCACCACGACAAUCAUAACAACGAUAAUGACGAUAAUGACGGCGACGAUAGAAGCGACGAUGAUUACAGUAAUAAUAGUAAAGCCCCAGGAAAAUUAGUCGAUCUAGCAUAA